AAAAAUGAGAGAGAGAACACUUUGUAUUAAGCAGCAUGGAGGUUAUUACGGCAUGUUGUUAGAGCUGCCUGCCAAAUAGAGAGAGAGAAGAUAAAUAGAGUUUAACUAUAACAAUUAAUGGACAAAAUGAUUUCGUGUAAAAAUUUAUGUGUUUUACGCCAACUGCCGUUCAAGGGCUGCUGCCGUCAAUACAACGCAUUGCUGUCAGUGCGACUAAUGAGGUGGACGACAAGACCCGCUGCCAGUGCAACGGCUGGAGAUGUAACAUUUGCUUGGCAACAGAGGGCGCCAUACCAACAACAAAAACGAAGUAUUUUCAAUUCGAGUCCUUUGAGUGCCAAGGACUACUAUGCCACGCUCGGCGUGGCCAAGAAUGCCAGUGCGAAGGACAUCAAGAAAGCAUACUAUCAGCUAGCAAAAAAAUACCAUCCAGAUACAAAUAAGGAUGAUCCCGAUUCUAGCAAAAAGUUCCAAGAGGUAAGCGAAGCAUACGAAGUGCUCAGCGAUGAUCAAAAGAGGCGGGAAUACGACACCUACGGCCAGACGACGGAGAAUAUGAAUAGACAGGGUGGUGCGGGAGGAUUCGGGGGCGGUAGCGGUCCCUUUGGAGCCGAGGGAUUCGCACAGAAUUGGCAGUUCCGCUCAACCAUUGACCCCGAGGAGCUCUUCCGCAAAAUCUUUGGCGAGGGCAACUUCCGCAGCAACAACUUCGAUGAUUUUGCCGACUCUAAAUUCGGAUUUGGCCAGGCACAAGAGCUGGUCAUGGAUUUAACCUUUGCACAAGCAGCUCGUGGCAUCAACAAGGACGUCAAUAUCAAUGUUGUCGACGAGUGUCCCAAAUGUGCCGGCACCAAAUGCGAGCCGGGCACCAAGCCGGGUCGCUGCCAAUACUGCAAUGGCAGCGGCUUCGAGACCAUCUCCACGGGCCCCUUUGUCAUGCGUUCCACCUGUCGCUACUGUCAGGGCACGCGACAAUAUAUCAAAUACCCAUGCGCCGAGUGUGAGGGCAAGGGCCGAACGGUGCAGCGCCGGAAGGUGACGGUGCCAGUGCCCGCGGGCAUCGAGAAUGGCCAAACGGUGCGCAUGCAGGUGGGCAGCAAGGAGCUGUUCAUCACGUUCCGAGUGGAGCGCAGCGACUACUUCCGCCGCGACGGCGCCGAUGUGCAUACCGAUGCGCCCAUCUCGCUAUCCCAAGCUGUGCUCGGCGGCACCGUGCGCGUUCAGGGCGUCUACGAGGAUCAAUGGCUCAACAUUGAGCCGGGUACCUCGUCGCAUCGCAAGAUCGCCUUGCGCGGCAAGGGCCUGAAGCGAGUCAACGCCCACGGACAUGGAGAUCACUACGUUCACAUUAAAAUCGAGGUGCCCAAGAAGCUGAGUCAGCAGCAGCGCUCGCUCCUGGAGGCCUACGCCGAGCUAGAGGAAGACACGCCCGGACAGAUCAAUGGCAUGGCACAGCGUAAAGAUGGCAGUAAGAAAGCAACCGCAGGUGCUAGCCAAGCGGAAAGUGAUGCCAAAGAACCAGAUGGCGAAAAUGCAACAGCCAAUCAAGGAAAAAGCAGAGCAACAGAAGCAACCUCCUCAGAGCGGGCCGAAGACAGUGAAAAAUCAGAAAGUCGAACAGCAGAAAGUGGCGGAGUCGGCGGCGCAGGCUUCUUAAACAAGAUCAAAUCCAUAUUCAACUGAGUUGAAUUUGCAUGUGUCUUG